UUAUCCUGUAACAUGGACCUCAGGAAGUUUCCAAUGGACGCACAGAUCUGCGACAUCCGGAUAAUGAGUUAUGCCUUCAACACCAAGGACAUAGUAUUGACGUGGCAGGGUGUGACUAUAAGUGAUGAGGUAGAGCUGCCGGAGUAUGACGUUUCCGAAGAUAUAGACAUGGGCGACUGUACACAGACUUACAUAUCCGGAACCUACAGUUGUUUGGUAGGAAACUUCACGCUGACCAGGCGUUUGUCUUACUACGUGGUCCAGACCUACAUCCCUAGUAUUCUCAUCGUCGUCUUAUCCUGGGUCAAUUUCUGGCUUGACGCCUCAGCUACUCCUGCGCGUGUCUGUUUGGGUCUUCUCUGCGUGCUCACCAUGACAACCCAGAAUUCGGGGAUACUCUCCACUCUCCCACGGGUCUCCUAUGUGAAGUCGAUUGAUGUCUGGUCGUCUGCUUGCCUCGUUUUUGUGUUCGGAGCUUUGCUAGAGUUUGCAGUUGUGAAUGUCCAGUGCCGUAAAAUGGAACUUUUAGAGAAGAAAAAGUCUAAACUGAACUUGGUGACAAAUGGCGCGCAGUCUGAUGAUCCGGAGAAAGACCAAAAGUUUUGUUUCAAGCCUGUGGUGGUGACUGCCGAGAGAGUGGACUUUCUAUCCAGGAUUAUCUUCCCUUCUUCCUUUGCUAUCUUCAACCUGGUCUAUUGGCAAAAGUAUCUAAUUGAGAAUGUUGGUUGA